UCAGCCAAGGAGUAUAAGAAUGGCCCGGUUUCCACGGUCGCAAAAAAAGAGAUAGAGAUCUGGAGACCAAGCAUUCUAGUAGAUUGCAAAGAUGCAGCUACCUCUGUCACCACGUCAGCUGUUGCUGAGUUUCGCGACCGUGGCCGCCCUCCUCCAUCCCAGUCAGGGAGGCCCGGUCCCUAACGAAGCAUACCAGCAACUAUUGCAGAUUCCCGCUUCAUCCCCAUCCAUUUUCUUCCAGGACAAGCCAUUCACCCCCGAUCAUCGCGACCCCUAUGACCACAAGGUAGAUGCGAUCGGGGAAGGCCAUGAACCCUUGCCCUGGCGCAUGGGAGAUGGAGCCACCAUCAUGGGACCCCGCAACAAGGACCGUGAGCGCCAGAACCCCGACAUGCUCCGUCCCCCGAGCACAGACCAUGGCAACAUGCCCAACAUGCGAUGGAGCUUUGCAGACUCUCACAUUCGCAUCGAAGAGGGCGGCUGGACACGUCAGACUACCGUACGCGAGCUGCCAACGAGCAAGGAGCUUGCUGGAGUGAACAUGCGCCUGGAUGAGGGUGUUAUCCGCGAGCUGCACUGGCAUCGGGAAGCAGAGUGGGCGUAUGUGCUGGCCGGACGUGUACGAGUCACCGGCCUUGACCUGGAGGGGGGCAGCUUCAUCGACGAUCUGGAGGAGGGUGACCUCUGGUACUUCCCAUCGGGUCAUCCCCAUUCCCUCCAGGGUCUCAGUCCCAAUGGCACCGAGUUCUUACUGAUCUUCGAUGAUGGGAACUUUUCCGAAGAGUCCACGUUCUUGUUGACCGACUGGAUGGCACAUACACCCAAGUCCGUUCUCGCUGGAAAUUUUCGCAUGCGCCCACAAACAUUCAAGAACAUUCCGCAAUCUGAGAAGUACAUCUUCCAGGGCUCCGUCCCGGAAUCUAUUCCCAAAGAGCUUCCCCGCAACUUCAAAGCAUCCAAGCAGCGCUUCACGCAUAAGAUGCUCGCCCAGAAGCCCGAGCAUACCUCUGGCGGAGAGGUGCGCAUCACUGACUCGUCCAACUUUCCCAUCUCUAAGACUGUCGCGGCCGCCCAUCUGACUAUCCGCCCGGGAGCUAUCCGGGAGAUGCACUGGCAUCCCAAUGCAGAUGAAUGGUCCUACUUCAAGCGCGGUCGGGCGCGAGUGACCAUCUUCGCUGCUGAAGGUAACGCUCGUACGUUUGAUUAUGUAGCAGGAGAUGUGGGCAUUGUUCCUCGCAACAUGGGUCAUUUCAUUGAGAACCUCAGUGAUGACGAGGAGGUCGAGGUGUUGGAGAUCUUCCGGGCGGACCGGUUCCGCGACUUCUCGUUGUUCCAGUGGAUGGGAGAGACGCCACAACGGAUGGUGGCAGAGCAUGUGUUCAAGGAUGAUCCGGAUGCUGCCAGGGAGUUCCUUAAGAGUGUGGAGAGUGGGGAGAAGGACCCGAUCCGGAGCCCGAGUGACUAGACGAGGAUCUACGCGUGUAUUUGCUCUCGUGUUUUACAGGGAAAGGAGCAGCCAUAGGCUGCCUGGCAUUAAUGACCAUAGUUUAGUUGCUAUUACUUAUGAUGUAUUUAGGAUCUCAUUCAAUCAAGGCAAC